AUUGACAACAUGAAUCACAUGUUAACAAAAUGGAAGCGAAAAGCAAUGAUUAUUUCAUCGAUUAUUCGGAUCAAUUGCCGUCAUACGAACACUUUUAUGAGAAUGUUAUGCGCAAAAAUAUCGCCUGCAUGUUUGGGCCACAAUUAACUGAACAAUGGACAUGCAGAAAAGAAUGGAUCAUUGAUGGCCAAAGCAUAGACUUUGACCAUCUUGUCAAUAAAUAUGCAACAUUACCAGUGCCGGUGUACGAUUGUAGCGAAAAACAUUUCAAUUCAAAUCCGCGAACCGAAAUGUUAUUCAGCCAAUAUGCUGAUUAUUGGCAACAACAACAACAAGUAAUCGACACUAAUCGAAUACUCUACCUAAAAGACUGGCAUCUGGCUCAAGAUUCAAAUUGUGGCGAUUUCUAUGAAAUUCCCACAUACUUUGAAUCCGACUAUCUGAAUGAAUAUUGUACAGCCAAAUCAAUUGCUGAUUUCAAAUUCACAUACAUGGGACCAAAAGGUUCGACGACGCCGCUUCAUGUCGAUGUGUUCGGGUCGUUUAGUUGGUCGGCCAAUGUUAUCGGAACCAAACGAUGGCUCAUGAUUCCCGAUCAUUGUGUCGAAACGUUAAAACAAUUAAUCGGUGUGAAUAAUUUACCCCAUGAUCUCUAUACAUUGCCAAACUAUGAGCAAAUCAUUGCCAAAGUCAAUGGAUUCGAAAUCAUACAGAAGGCCGGUCAAGUUUUAUUCGUACCAAGUGGUUAUAUGCAUCAAGUGGAAAACAUUGAGCAUACCAUAUCCAUCAAUCAUAACUGGUUCAAUGCCUGUAAUCUGGACAGAGUUUAUUCGAAUCUAUUGAAUGCAUUGAAAGAUGUGCAAAAUGAAAUGAGCGAUCUAAAGAACACGGACGAAUGGAAUGAAACGUGUGACCGAAUCCUCACCAUUCAUUUCGGCAUGAAUAGAAGCUAUUUUCUGGACCAAAUUCGUCACAUAACCACCAAUCGACUAUUACGACAGUCAAAUCAUUUUCGAUACAAACAUGAUAUUGAAUGUUUGGCCAAAAUUUAUACGAAAAUUUUAUCCAAUCAUCAAUUCCAGAAUAAAAACCACGAAGAUUGGAAAAAUUGUGAAUCGUUGAAAAGUCUCAACAAGUUGUUAUAAUUAUAAUCAUAAAUUAUAAAUAAAACUAGUUCAUUAAUUUUUCCUAAACAACAACAACAACAGUCAUCAUCAUGAUGAAAUUUCCAAAUGCACACAUCAGUCAGUAAAUGGGCAAAUGAAACAAAUGAGUGGUUAGUUGGUUGUCUAUAUAUUAUUUUAAAUUGUAAUCAGAAUCUAUGCAGACAAAUUAUCAGUUAUUGGAAUUGAAAUAAUAAAUAAAUCGAACAUAAUAAUCAUGUGGUAAUUUGUAGAGACAGCAGCUUGUCAACGGUUCAAUUAGUUAGAUUGGCAUGGAAAUUGGUUGCUGAAUGCCUGAAAAAUAAUGGAAAGCCAAAUUUUUAUAUAUUCAAAUUCAAAUUAUGAUUAUCAAUAAAUUGUUGUUUCAAAAAAAAAAAAAAAAAAAAAAUUCCGUGUACAUCAUAAUCAUGGAUAAGUGUGUGUGUGUGUUAAAUGUCUUGGGCAGCGAGGGAAUACAUUAAGGAUAAAAACAGGAAAUAUAAUAUGGUUGUAAAUUAUCCAAUAUAGUUGUUGAUU